AUGAGUAAAGCAAACAAUAUAAAGGUAUUGAAGGGAAAAGAGAGACCGAUAGUACAAGUUGGCAGUGUGCUUCAAAGUCGAUGCCUCGUUAUGAUGCUUAGUAUAGAUACUAGGUCGAAGAAAGGCAUCCCUUAUGGGACACCCGACGAAGUAGGAAUCGAUAAGAGUCAAAUCUAUCAUCAUCAUAUAGCCAUCAUAUCGGUGACCACAAUAAAGAAAACAAUGAAAAAAUUAUUGAUGGCAAGAAAGGGAACAAGUGUGAGGGAUAAUACCGAGUCGGGCAUAGUUGAUAACGAUAAACACCCCCUCAAUGAUAAGAUCGUAAAGGAUAUGAAGAAAAAUACCUUAGUUUCGUAA